UGUGAAUGGGCGGAAGAACAAAAUGGCGAGAAGUCAUGACUCGCAUACACUUGUCCACAACGAACAGGAAGUCAUACAGGCAGGUCGUUGGGCUCUUUUGCCCUUCAGUCUUCGCUGAGAGCUUGGAGAGAAAAGUUGAGCUUUACUUCUUUGACCCGAGAGCACCAGUAGUUUCUGUCCUCUCCAUUAAAUAAUUCUCAUCAACAAAAUCGGCUCUCAAUUCUCGAUUGAACCCUAACUAUUCAAAUUGGUAAACACCCAUUUUGCAUUUGUUGCAGUGAUUGAAUGUUACAAGGAAGGGUAAAGUUGUUGUGGCACCGUGUUUAAAGUUCUAUUAUAUGGAGAACAUCAAUCGAAGUGGCGUCUUAUAUGUGUAGCUCGAUGUGGAAUAUGACUGGACUUUUCAUGAGAAUGGCACUGAAGAGCGCGCUAUCUGUUCUGUUUGGUAUUUACUUGUGGUUGUUGUUGGGUGUCACUUUCAGCUAUGGGGCUAUGAGUGAUAUUUAUUGUUUGAGAUCUAUAAAAGAUUCUUUGGAGGACCCAUUCAAUUACUUAAGCUCUUCGUGGGAUUUCAAUAACAACACCGAAGGUUUCCUCUGUAAAUUUACUGGGAUCGAUUGCUGGCACCCUGAUGAGAAUAAGGUUUUAAACAUCCGGCUUUCAGACAUGGGACUCAAGGGCGAGUUUCCGCGUGGUAUUGCAAAUUGCACGUCCUUGACUGGCUUAGAUUUUUCUAGCAACAAGCUCUAUGGAUCUAUUCCAUCGGACAUAUCUAAAAUGCUCGAGUUUGUGACGUCCCUCGAUCUCUCCUCAAACAAUUUUUCAGGAGCAAUCCCGUUGAACCUUGCAAAUUGUUCCUAUCUGAAUGUCCUUAAAUUGGAUAACAACCAGUUGACAGGUCAGAUUCCUGCAGAAAUUGGCCGCCUUGGUCGAAUCAAGACGUUUAGUGUAACAAACAACCACUUGACUGGUCCGGUUCCAAUAUUUAGCAAUGCCACUAUUCCAGCAGAGAGCUAUGCCAAAAAUGCAGGACUCUGUGGGGGUCCUUUACCUCCUUGCAAGGGCUCUUCAAAGAAAACUCAUCCUGGAAUCAUUGUUGGGGCAGCUGGAGGUGGGGUGACUCUUGGAGCAUUAGCUGUGGGUAUUGGUCUGUUCUUCCUCUUGCGUAGAGUGUCCAAAAAGAAGAAGGAUGACGAUCCAGAAGGAAAUAAAUGGGCAAAGAGUAUCAAGGGAGCCAAAGGCAUCAAGUUUUCAAUGUUUGAGAAGUCAGUUUCAAAAAUGAGACUUAGUGACCUCAUGAAGGUUACUAACAACUUCAGCAAAGGCAAUAUCAUUGGGUCAGGAAGCACAGGGACCAUGUACAAGGCAGUGCUUGCAGAUGGCACUUCACUUAUGGUGAAGAGGUUGCAGGACACAAAACACUCGGAGAAAGAAUUUUUGUCUGAGAUGGCUACUCUGGGGAAUGUGAAGCACCAAAACUUGGUUCCUCUUCUGGGUUUUUGCAUGGCUAAGAAGGAGAGGCUUUUGGUCUAUAAAUAUAUGCCAAAUGGUACUCUUCAUGAUAAGCUACAUCUUGCAAGUGAUGGUGGAAAUAAUAUGGAGUGGUCCUUGCGUCUCAAGAUCAUGAUCAGGGCAGCCAAAGGGUUUGCAUGGCUUCACCAUAAUUGCAAUCCACGCAUCAUCCAUCGAAACAUAAGUUCCAAAUGUAUCUUAUUGGAUGUGGAUUUUGAGCCCAAAAUAUCUGAUUUUGGACUUGCUAGGCUCAUGAACCCUGUUGAUACACAUUUGAGUACUUUUGUAAAUGGGGAGUUUGGAGAUUUGGGUUACGUUGCUCCUGAGUAUACACGAACUCUUUUGGCCACUCCAAAGGGGGAUGUCUACAGUUUUGGAGUAGUGCUUCUUGAGUUGGUAACCGGUGAGAAACCUACCUAUGUUUCUAAAGCCCCUGAAAGCUUUAAGGGAAAUCUGGUGGAAUGGAUUUCACAGCUCUCUAGCAAUUCUAAGCUUCGAGAUGCAGUUGACAAAUCUUUAGCUGGGAAAGGUUAUGAUGGUGAGGUUUUCCAGGUUCUUAAAGUUGCAUGUAGUUGUGUACUGCCCACACCCAAGGAGAGGCCUACAAUGUUUGAAGUUUACCAGCUUCUGAGAGCUAUUGGAGAGCGAUACAAUUUCACAGCAGAUGAUGACAUUUUGAUGCCAUCAGACACUGGUGUUGCUGAUCACCUUGAGGAACUUAUUGUUGCUCGAGGAGUAAAGGAGUAUCAUUGAAAAGGUACAAUUAAUCAAGAUGUAGUAUUGAGUGGCACCGGAAUCAAUGUAUAAUCAUCUAAAUAAAUGUCUAUAUCCUAUAUAAGUUUAGUACUUCAGUUAUCGAUUUUGCUCGUUCUAUAUUUAAUGUCACUGCAAUAUCUCACUCAACAAUUUCAGGUGAAUUUGUUGUUUAUAACCUUCUGACAUGUACAAAUUUCUCUGUUACAGCAUUUAUUACGAUUGCCAGUGUUUUAAGAAUUGGUGCUACCCAUGCUUUUGAUGUGCAUGCCAUUAUUAUGCAGGCGUGUGUACAUUUGCAUCUAAAAUGUUGCUGGCAAGGUAAAACAACCAUUAGAGAAAUUGUUCACCAAUACAU